GCCUCGUCGCCCGCAGCUAGGAUAGGAAACCAGCUCUCUCGUGACAAGAUGGUUGUCGCUACCAUCAAGUGUGUCGUCGUUGGUGACGGUGCCGUCGGCAAGACCUGCUUGUUGAUCUCGUACACCACCAACAAGUUCCCCGCCGAGUAUGUCCCGACUGUCUUUGACAACUACGCUGUCACUGUCAUGUGA